UAGCCCAAUCUGACAACAGCUGAGGAGAAGCUUAGGCAACAGAUACAGAAGAGAAGGAAGGUAAUAAAAUUGAAUUCAUCUCACCUCACCGAUGUCACAGGCUGUUUCUUAACUUUCUCUGUUUGGUUCGCCUGCCCCAGCUUUUCAGCGACUUCUUGCUUGCUUUCCCUCAGUGCCUGAUUUGAGAAGCUUCUUUCGACCUCUCCUGGGAGUUUGCCACCUCUCUAGGUUGAUCGAAUUUCGCGUCAACUCCCAGAAGGCUCCAAUCAACAGGGCCAGCUGAGGAAUUCUGGGAAUUGAAGUCCACAAAAAGUUGCCAAGGACAGCAGCAAUAUGCAGGAGCUGAGCAUGGCCCUGGCAGAAAAAAAAAUUGAGACCCAUGCCCUGGGCCGCCCCUUCCAGCUGGGGAUGCUGUAUGAUUGUCGCAACGAUGUGCUAAUCCCAGAUAUCACCCUUUGGGACUACAGCAGAAGAACCUGACCAUCAAGCCUCAGCCCAAGACAGAAUCUGAAAUCAUUGUUUCUGACAGCAUAGACGACAAGGCCUCCGCCCUGGACAUCUCAGCCUCCCUCAAGGCCAGUUUCCUGGGAGGGCUGGUUGAAGUGGGAGGGUCGGCCAAGUAUCUUCAUGACAAAAAGAAGUCCAAGAAACAGGCCAGAGUCACCGUUCAGUACAAAACCACCACAAAGUAUGAACAGCUGGCAAUGAACCACCUGAAAAUCCAGAAUGUCUCUUACCCAGCAGUCUUUGAGCAGGGCACAGCCACCCAUGUGGUCACCGCCAUUCUCUACGGAGCCCAGGCCUUUUUUGUCUUUGACCGAGAGGUUCCUUCAACAGAGAUGGUGAAAGAUAUAGAAGGAAACCUCCAGGCUACACUCAUGAAGGGAAUAUCUAUAGGAGGAGAAGCAGAGGUCCAACUGACUGAGAAGGAGAAAGGGAAUGCUCUGAAGUUCAGGUGCAAAUUUCAUGGAGACUUUUCUCUGGAGAAAAAUCCAGUCACUUUCCAAGAUGCCAUGAAAUUUUAUGAAACUCUCCCAAAAAUGUUAGGGAAAAAUGGAGAGAAGGCUGUUCCUGUGCGGGUCUGGCUCUACCCUCUGACCAAGUUGGACACCAGAGCAGCUAAAAUGGUCCAUGAGAUCAGUGUAGAGUUGGUCUUAGAUGCUGAAAAGAUCUUGGAGGAACUCAAUGAAAUAGAGAUGCAAAGUAAUGAUCUAGCCAAUGAUCUCAUCACUGAGACCUUCCCUGAGAUCAAGAGGAAGAUCCAGCAGUUCAAGGAUCUCUGCAAGCAACACAGGCAGACUUUCCAGAAAGAGCUGGCCAGAAUGUUGCCUUCCAUCCGGGGAGGAGGGCAGGAGGAAGGGACCCUGGUGGACCUCUUGAUGUCCGUCAACCAGUCGCCUUUCCGCAACGAAAUGUUAUGUGAAUUUCUGGACAACAAGGAAACAGAAAUUGACAUUGUCAGAGAUUAUCUGAGUACUCUAAGUGAAAUGCAAGUUGUCUCAUCCAAGAAGCUGGAAGAAAUAUUUCAUGACCCUCAAAUUUUAUAUGUGGUCUCCUUUAUAUUCACUUCUUUGCAUGAAAAGGAGCCAUUUCUCUUGAGCCUACAGGAUUGGCUUCAGGAGCGAUCAGCUAGAUCAACUAGGUCCCUUCCUGAGGUGAAGAAAGACAUGGCCUGGGUUAAGGACAAGGAGAGCAUCUGCAAUGCUCGCCAAGCUGCCAAAUCCAUCAAAGACUUCUUCAGUAUCAAUCAUUCCAAUUUGAAGGUCCGCUUUGUCGUGGCCUCACUCCCAGAUGUGGACACCCCAGGAGCCUCAAUAUACGUUUACAAAGAUGGGGAGCUGGUCAGCAAGAACUAUGAGUUUCCCUCAAAACCUCUCCCUUUGUUGAUUACUGAACCGAGGCAUGAUGGCAUUCAGUUGAAGUUUCAGCCAGCUGAAUAUGGAAAGGCUACAAUCUCCAGCUAUCUGGUAUGGUAUAAGAUUACAGGGGAAGAAAACUGGAAGUCAGUGAGGACAGAGGACAUCAGGGAGAUGUUCCUACUGAAAAAUCUGCUUCCAAACACAGAGUACGAGUUACAGUACACUGCUUGUUGCAAACUGGGCCUUAGUCCAACCAGUGACCUGAGCCCACCCAUAAAGACCCUUCCCAUCAGCCCUCCUAAGAAAUUAAGAAUGAUCACUGCAACAUCUUCUACCAUCUCUGUGGCCUGGGUGAGUUCCAAAAUCUUUACCUCCACAGUUGAGUUCAAGGAGUACAAGGUGGAAUACAGAACAGUGGAGGCUGCAGUUGGGAAUGACCAGUGGAGUGAAAAAAAGACCUGGAGAAUAAGUUAUCGGCUUGAAGGUCUGAAGCCCCAGACGGCGUAUAGAAUACGGGUGUCGGCCAUAUGUAAAAAGGGAGUUCUGAGUAUCCCCAGCGAGGAGGUGGAGUUCUCCACAUUACCGGAGGAAGGAAGUUAUCUGAAGUGGUUCUGGAGUUGUUUCAAUCAAGGUUCCAAUAUUAAUUCAGUUUGACACAGGUUGGAACCUUCAGCAACCACAGUAUAACUAGCUGAUGAGUAAUGCACACAUUCCAAUAGCUUGCUGACUGGAGGAAGAGGAGGAGAGAAGUCGCCAAUUCACCAGUUCCCAUCUUGGUUGGACAAUGCGACCGAUUGUUUUGGAAACUUGAGAAAACUGAAACUUAUAUUGGUGUGAAAAGCCUGGAAACUUUAGUACUGGCUUUUCACCAGUUAGUGCCAACAUGAUGUGUCCAAAUAAAUAUGUACUGUAAAGGUCCCAGAAGUUCCCUGAGCCACUGAGAUGCCAAAGAGAGUGAGAAUCGAGACGAGUUUUGAAAAAAAAAUCAUUUUUAUUCUUUGGCCAAGAAUAGUAUUCUCAGGGUGAAUACCAGUGGUGAAAUCUAAAAUUUGUUACUACCGGUUCUGUGGGUGUGGCUUGGUGGGAGGGGUAAUGUGACUGGGUGGGCAUGGCCAUUUUAUUUUAUUUUCUU